GCUGGCUGCUGGUGCAUGCUGGCAUCCUUUUCUCUCUCUUUCUCUUUCUCUUUCUCCUGGCCUCUCUUCAAUUCGGCUCCUAGUAGCCUGCCGCCAUCACAUCUCGCCUUCCAUAUAACGAGCGAUCAUCGUCAAGGAUCGGUCGGCGCGCGCGCGAGGCCAACGGCCGGCUGGGGUUUUAGCUUGCUAGCUCCUGGCGCCAGGCUAUCCCGGCAUGGCGAAGCAGUCGUGCUGCCACAAGAAGAAGCUUAGGAGAGGGCUCUGGUCCCCCGAGGAGGACGAGAAGCUCAUGAACCACAUUGCCAAGUACGGCCACGGCUGCUGGAGCUCCGUACCCAAGCUUGCAGGCCUCGACAGGUGUGGCAAGAGCUGCAGGCUGAGGUGGAUAAACUACCUGAGGCCAGACCUCAAGAGGGGCACAUUCUCGCAAGAGGAGGAGGACCUCAUCAUACACCUCCACUCCUUGCUGGGAAACAAGUGGUCUCAGAUUGCGGCCCAGCUGCCUGGCCGGACGGACAACGAGGUCAAGAACUUCUGGAACUCGUACAUCAAGAAGAGGCUCAGGGAGCGCGGCAUCGACCCCGCCACCCACCAGCCGCUCGCCGAGCCUGCCGCCGCAGCCACUGCCACCACCACCACCACGGUCUCCCGCCGCGCGGUGUUUGGGGACGUCGACCUCAUCCCGACUACUACUACUACUACAAUCCAGGUGCCGCCGCCGUCGUUCGAGGGCGGCCCAAUGCUGGAGAGCGUGAAGCUAGCGGUGGAGCUGGACUGGCCCGUCGCUGGCGACGGGGUAACGUCAAGGCCAUGCUACCUGCAGGGGGGCUGCUUCGACAUGGACGCGCUGCAGCAGCACUGCGGCUCCAUCCCGCCGGUGCCGGUCGUCCCGUCGGCCUCCGCCAGCUCCAGCACGCUGACCUCGAUGGCGGAAGCGGAACACUGCAGCACCAACAACGUCGCCGCCGGCGGCAACCUCCCAUGGCUGGAGCUCGGGGCAAACGCGGUGGCUGACGCCGGCGGCCACGUCGUCGGCAGCUGCUACGCCGGCGCGCUGGACGAGCUCAGGUGGUCGGAGUACUUCGACAGUGCCUUCCAGGCCGCCGAGAGCCAGCAAGGCGCCCUGCAGCCGGGGCAGUGUGUCUACGGCGGCAAGGAUGACGUCCCGGUGCACUUCGACGUCCAUGGCGGGCUAAGCAACUGGUGCUAGUCCAGUAAUCCAUCACGUACUCAAUGCAAAGAAACCACGGAACAAGAAACAGUCCAUCAGUGUGAAUUAAUUACUGUCUAUAUAUAGUCUGCAGAUGCAAAUUCUUACGGGCAUUUCAUCUGGUGUUACCCCUCCCCCUUUCUAUUCUCAUGUUGCUGUGUUGAUUAGCAGCGGAUAAAAGUUCAUGUGAUGAGUACAUUUGAAGUGUUUAACACACAUGUAAAGUAAUACAUACGCUGUUGUUAAUUAGU